AUGCAGCGCUCAUCAGACUUCCGCUUGGCUCUUAUUCAGCUUCAUGUAUCCGCUGUUAAAUCAGAUAACCUUCAACGGGCCUGUGGACUCGUGAGAGAAGCAUCAGCUAAAGGAGCAAAAGUUGUGGCUCUACCUGAGUGCUUUAAUUCUCCAUAUGGAACCCAGUACUUUAAGGAGUAUGCAGAGAAGAUCCCUGGGGAAUCUACACAAAAGCUCUCAGAAGUUGCAAAGGAGUGCAGUGUAUAUCUCAUUGGAGGAUCCAUUCCAGAAGAGGAUGGUGGAAAGCUGUAUAAUACGUGUACUGUCUUUGGGCCUGAUGGUGCUAUGUUGGCAAAGCAUAGGAAGGUUCAUUUGUUUGACAUUAAUAUUCCUGGGAAGAUACAGUUCAAAGAGUCUGAAACACUGAGCCCAGGGAAUAGUUUCUCCAUGUUUGAUACUCCAUACUGUAAAGUGGGCCUGGGCAUCUGCUAUGAUCUCAGAUUUGCUGAGUUGGCUCAAGUCUACGGACAGAAAGGUUGCCAGCUGCUGAUAUAUCCAGGGGCUUUUAACCUGACAACAGGACCAGCUCAUUGGGAACUGCUACAGAGGGGACGAGCUGUUGAUAAUCAAGUCUACGUUGCUACUGUAUCUCCUGCUAGAGAUGAAAAAGCAUCCUAUGUUGCCUGGGGACACAGCACUGUAGUUGAUCCAUGGGGUGAAGUCAUAGCCAAAGCUGGGGCUGAGGAAACAGUUAUAUACACAGAUAUAGAUUUGAAGAAACUUGCAGAAAUACGUCAACAAAUUCCAAUUUUAACCCAGAAGCGUUGUGAUCUCUAUGGUGUAGAGGUGAAAAAGUGAAGCUGGGUGAGUAGGGAAGGUUCAGUUGGCACAAUGACUGCUGCUUUCAUCUUCAUAAGGAUUCCCUCACUCAUUGCUACACAAGCUACUGCUAAAUGUGCCAGUUAAUUAAAAAACAAAACCAAACCUCUUCAUGGUAUAAUUCUAAAAUUGAUUCAAAUACAACUUUUGUAUCUCCUCUCAUACUUUAGUAUUUUACAGCUAGGAUAAAGAU